AUGGCGUCUCAACUAAGAAUCAAUUUAAUAAGUAUGGAUGUCUACAUUUGUUUCUUCGUGACAGGAAUGUUUAUAACUGGUAUUUUCAACUCCAUUGUAGUUAAAUGGCAGGAUAUGCAAUGUGUUAAGAACUGUGAUGCUGAGAGUACUGAGGCACCUGUAUUUUAUUCACAGCCAGUAUGGCAGACGCUUCAAAUGUUUAUUGGUGAAUCCUUUUGUCUCCUUGUAUAUGUCGUCCGAUCGAUCACACAAGCGUAUCAGGACGCAAAAGUGUCUGAAGAAUGUCAGUCACUCCUUUCCCAUUGGCAAGUGAGAGUUUAUGGUAGCAUGGAAACGGCACAACACCCUACAAUCCCUUCUUAUCCAUGGUAUAAGCGCAGUUUCAAGUUUUUCCUUCCAGCGACUUUUGACAUUAUAAGCUCAACUCUCAUGAAUCUCGCUCUGUUGAUCAUGCCCGUAAGUAUAUUCCAGAUGACGCGCGGCGCACUCGUUUUAUGGGUGGGAUUGUUAAGUGGUUUAUUUUUACGACGCUAUUUGCCUCUGUAUCAAUGGCUCAGUUUGGUGCUCGUAAUGCUGGGGAUUGUCACUGUGGGACUGAGCAGUUUACUUGUCUCUGUCAAUGCCUCACAAAUCAUAACCUCGGCCAUGUCUACAACUCCGAAUUCUGCCAUCAAAACGCUCCUGGGGCUGAUGGUGGUAUUUGGGGCACAGAUUUUUUCAGCUCUGCAAUUUGUGUGGGAAGAAAAGAUGAUGGAGGACUAUCUCGUUGAGCCAUUACUGAUCGUUGGUUUGGAAGGCAUCUUUGGCAUUUUCCAGGUGCUUAUUCUCAUGUGGCUAUUGCAUUUUUUUAUCGGAUCUACGCCGCAAGGCCGCAGUGGUAUCUUUGAUAUGCGAGAGGCUUGGCAUCAAACAAUGGGCAUAAAAAACGUCCGAAUCAGUGCGUUCGGGUGUGCCAUAAGCAUUGCGUUGUUUAAUGUAUUUGGAAUGACGGUGACCAAAUACCUAAGUGCGACAACACGCAGCACGAUUGAUACUUUUCGUACCCUGGGCAUUUGUGUGGUAAGUGUAGCUCUGGGGUGGGAGGUACUCUAUCCUGUGUCGGGGACUGUCCAGGUUCUUGGCUUUGCUAUCUUAGCCUAUGGUACUUUCAUGUUCAAUGGUGUCAUUUCCCCACCUCACUUCUUGCAACGGAAGCAAAUAAUAACGAAUUAUGAUGACAUGUAA